AUGGAAGGAGUUGGAGCUCGGUUAGGGAGGUCCUCGACUCGGUAUGGACCGGCAACGGUUUUCACCGGCCCGGUGAGGAAGUGGAAGAAGAAGUGGGUUCACGUCUCUCCCUCCACCAAGAAAGACAACAGCUCAUCCGCCUCCGCCGCAACCACCUCCGUCGUUAACGGUGGUUCGGCUUCCGACGGCAGUAAUGGAUCGCAUUUGUUGCUGUUCAAGUGGGCGCCAUUGUCUCAGGCCAGUAACGGAAACGGAAACGGGAAUGAAGAUGGUAAGAGUGAGAGCAAUUCUCCGAGCGAAGACCCUGUGGCGGCGACGGCAGAAGAUCCUCCGCGGCGCAGAUUCAAAUACGUGCCGAUCGCAGUACUUGAGGAACAGAAGAAGGAAAUUACAGAGAUUGAGGAAGAUGAUAAGGUUGAAGAGGAUGACAAGGUUGUGGAGGAGGAGGAGGACAAGGUUGAGGAAGACGUCAAGGUUGUUGAUGAAGACACAAGUGCAGCAGAACCGAGCGAGAAGAAAAUGGAAGUUGAGGAAAAACCUGAUAUAAAUGACGUUCCAAUGGAAGAUAAUCAGGAGGAAGAAACAAUAGUGCGACAAGAUCUGAACGAAAGCACUAUGGAUAUAGGACUUAACUUGAAUGCAAAUGAUGCGGAUUCUGAGAACAAUCCGAAAGGAGACGAGCCAAUAGAAGAGUGA